AUGCUUCAGACCUUAAGGAUCACCUUUGAUUCAUCUGAUGAUCAUUCAGAUUCUGAUUGCUCUGAGAUGAGAUUGAACAAUGAAAUAUUUAAUUUUCCAGAAUCAGAGUGCUCUAAAGCUGUGGAGAGCCACCAAAUGAAUGAGAGUAAAGAACAAAAGACUGUGGCUUUUUCUUCACGGCCUCAGACCUUCAACAUUACUGAUGGCACAAAUGUUUUUUAUGGAGAAUGUGACAAUACAACAAUGAUUGAAGAGAUUGAAAAUAUACAAAAAUGGAAAUUAGUUAAAAACUAUGAAAAUGAAUGUCAUAUUUUAGAGGACUUUGUUGAGGAAGAAAAGGGAAAUCAAGCAAUUCAGAUAGAGAAUCAGGAAGUAAACCAAAAUAAGAAAGAAGAACAAGAAAGUGCAAAAGAAGAAGAAAUAGGAGGAGGAAUAUGGAACAUUGUGGAUGAGUUAAAAUAUAUAGAUGAUGAAGAGGACAUUGAUAUGGGCAAUGUGGAAAUGGAGAACAAACAAAAUCAGCAAUCAGAUUUUAAUCACCAAUCAUAUGCAGUGGUACAACCAUUAAAUUCAUUGGAUCAGCAAUCAUACGAAGUAAAUGAACAAUCAAAUUCUGAGAAUCUACAGUCAGAUUCAGUAAAACAACAAUCAGAUUCAGAGAAUCAGCAAUUAGAUUUAGUAAAUCAGAAAUCAUAUGCAGUGACUCGAGCAUUAGAUUCAAUGAAUCAACAAUCAGAUUUGGAAAAUGAGCAAUCAGAUUCAGUGAAACAGCAGUCAAAUUCAGUAAAUCAACAAUCAGAUUCAGUAAAUGAACAAUCACAUUCAGAGUAUCAGCAGUCAUAUUCAGAGAAUCAGAAGUCAGAUUUAGAGAAUCAGCAGGCAGAUUCAGUAAAUCAACAUUCAGACUCAGAGAAUCAGCAGUCAGAUUUAGAGAAUCAGCAGUCAAAUUCAGUAAAUCAACAAUCAGAUUCAGUAAAUGAACAAUCACAUUCAGAGUAUCAGCAGUCAGAUUUGGAGAAUCAGCAGUCAGAUUCAGUGAAAGAACAAUCAGAUCCAGAGAAGAAGCAGUUCAAUUCAGUAAAUCAACAUUCAGACUCUGAGAACCAGCAGUCAGAUUCAGUGAAUGAACAAUCCGAUUUAGAGAAUCAGCAGUCAGAUUCAGUGAAUGAACAAUCCGAUUUAGAGAAUCAGCAGGCAGAUUCAGUAAAUCAACAUUCAGAUCCAGAGAAUCAGCAGUCAGAUCCAGAGAAUCAGCAGUCAGAUCCAGAGAAUCAGCAGGCAGAUUCAGUAAAUCAAUAUUCAGACUCAGAGAACCAGCAGUCAGAUUUAGAGAAUCAGCAGUCAGAUCCAGAGAAUCAGCAGUCAGAUUCAGUGAAUGAACAAUCAGAUUUAGUGAAUCAGCAGUCAGAUUUAGAGAAUCAGCAGUCAGAUCCAGAGAAUCAGCAGGCAGAUUCAGUAAAUCAAUAUUCAGACUCAGAGAACCAGCAGUCAGAUUUAGAGAAUCAGCAGUCAGAUUCAGUGAAUGAACAAUCAGAUUUAGAGAAUCAGCAGGCAAAUUCAGUAAAUCAACAUUCAGAUCCAGAGAAUCAGCUGUCAGAUCCAGAGAAUCAGCAGUCAGAUCCAGAGAAUCACCAGUCGGAUCCAGAGAAUCAGCAGGCAGAUUCAGUAAAUCAAUAUUCAGACUCAGAGAACCACCAGUCAGAUUUAGAGAAUCAGCAGUCAGAUCCAGAGAAUCAGCAGUCAGAUCCGGAGAGUCAGCAGUCAGAUUUAGUGAAUGAACAAUCAGAUUUAGAGAAACAGCAGUCAGAUUUAGAGAAUCAGCAGUCAGAUUCAGUGAAUGAACAAUCAGAUUUAGAGAAUCAGCAGGCAGAUUCAGUAAAUCAAUAUCCAGACUCAGAGAACCAGCAGUCAGAUUUAGAGAAUCAGCAGUCAGAUUCAGUGAAUGAACAAUCAGAUUUAGAGAAUCAGCAGUCAGAUCCAGAGAAUCAGCAGUCAGAUCCAGAGAAUCAGCAGUCAGAUUUAGAGAAUCAGCAGUCAGAUUCAGUGAAUGAACAAUCAGAUUUAGAGAAUCAGCAGUCAGAUCCACUAAAUCAACAUUCAGAUGAAGAGAAUCAGCAGUCAGAUCCAGAGAAUCAGCAGUCAGAUCCAGAGAAUCAGGAGUCAGAUUUAGAGAAUCAGCAGUCAGACUCAGAGAAUCAGCAGUCAGAUUCAGUGAAUGAACAAUCAGAUUUAGAGAAUCAGCAGUCAGAUUUAGAGAAUCAGCAGUCAGAUCCAGAGAAUCAGCAGUCAGAUUUAGAAAAUCAGCGGUCAGAUUCAGUGAAUGAACAAUCAGAUUUAGAGAAUCAGCAGUCAGAUCCACUAAAUCAACAUUCAGACGAAGAGAAUCAGCAGUCAGAUCCAGAGAAUCAGCAGUCAGAUCCAGAGAAUCAGGAGUCAGAUUUAGAGAAUCAGCAGUCAGACUCAGAGAAUCAGCAGUCAGAUUCAGUGAAUGAACAAUCAGAUUUAGAGAAUCAGCAGUCAGAUUUAGAGAAUCAGCAGUCAGAUCCAGAGAAUCAGCAGUCAGAUUUAGAAAAUCAGCGGUCAGAUUCAGUGAAUGAACAAUCAGAUUUAGAGAAUCAGCAGUCAGAUCCACUAAAUCAACAUUCAGACGAAGAGAAUCAGCAGUCAGAUCCAGAGAAUCAGCAGUCAGAUCCAGAGAAUCAGGAGUCAGAUUUAGAGAAUCAGCAGUCAGACUCAGAGAAUCAGCAGUCAGAUUCAGUGAAUGAACAAUCAGAUUUAGAGAAUCAGCAGUCAGAUUUAGAGAAUCAGCAGUCAGAUCCAGAGAAUCAGCAGUCAGAUCCAGAGAAUCAGCAGUCAGAUCCAGAGAAUCAGCAGUCAGAUUUAGAAAAUCAGCAGUCAGAUCCAGAGAAUACGAAGUCAGAUCCAGAGAAUCAGCAGUCAGAUCCAGAGAAUCAGCAGUCAGAUUUAGAGAAUCAGCAGUCAGAUUUAGAGAAUCAGCAGUCAGAUUUAGAUAAUCAGCGGUCAGAUCCAGAGAAUCAGCAGUCAGAUUUAGAGAAUCAGCAGUCAGAUUUAGAGAAUCAGCAGUCAGAUUUAGAGAAUCAGCAGUCAGAUUUAGAGAAUCAGCGGUCAGAUCCAGAGAAUCAGCAGUCAGAUUUAGAGAAUCAGCAGUCAGAUUUAGAGAAUCAGCAGUCAGAUUUAGAGAAUCAGCAGUCAGAUUUAGAGAAUCAGCGGUCAGAUCCAGAGAAUCAGCAGUCAGAUCCAGAGAAUCAGCAGUCAGAUCCAGAGAAUCAGCAGUCAGAUUUAGAGAAUCAGCGGUCAGAUCCAGAAAAUCAGCAGUCAGAUUUAGAGAAUCAGCAGUCAGAUUUAGAGAAUCAGCAGUCAGAUUUAGAGAAUCACCGGUCAGAUCCAGAGAAUCAGCCGUUAGAUUCAGACAAUCAACGAUCAGAUUCACUGAAUCUGCAGGGAAAUUCAGUUCAUUGGCAAACUAUAGAACAGCAACCAAAGGCCCUUAUUAUUAAAAGUAAUUCUGAAUCAUUACAUCACAGUUCAAUGGAGUUAGACAUUGCAGAAGAGCACCAGUCCACAGAACAAAGCCGUAGUGGAGAUGAGGACUCCAGCAGUGCAGAGGAGGCAGCAGAUGAGGAAACUGAUAUAUUCUGGAAUGAAUCAACAAAAAGUGGUGGCGAAGCACUCAGUGCAAGUAUCCACAGUAUGAGAAAUGAUUUCGACCAUCUAGAAUUCAUUGACAAAGAAUUGACUGUCUGCCGUCAAAGUGAAAAACUCCAGAACAAGUGUAAACCCAAGGAUGAGAAUAUGCAGGAAAACAUGGAAUGCCAGUCAAAAGACUCUACUGAUGCUGAGAAGGAUGUUGAGGACAAUACCUCCACAGAAUCCCUGGUCGACGAUGAGAUGGACCUGUACCUCACCUGCCUGAGGAAUUCACAACAGUCAGUAUUCAGAGACGGUUUGGCGAAUGUAAACUAUGGCAAAAGACACUCGGUUAGCAGAGGGAGGUCUAUGUCAUUAACCAUGCCUUCAAUAUCAGAGUCAGUGGAUGAGGACCAGCCAAACAGUUCCCUGGAGAAAGCAUCAAAUACUGAGGACAUUACUGAGCUCGAAAGAGCUACACUGACUCUUGUGGAGGGAAAUGAACAUGUCAUUGGGUGUAACGUUUUGUGGUGGAAAGAAUUUCUAUCUCACGAUAACAUGUCAAGAUUCGUUGGGUACAGUUUUCUGAUAAUACUGUUUUUCGUGGUAGCGUAUAAUUACGACUUUGCUGCAUGUUUUGCCUUGUAUCUCCUUACGGUGUAUUGGCUGUACAAACAAUCAGAGGAAGAACCAGUGAUAGGCUCUCGGAGAGGUGAAAUAUAA